CGGGGCACUGCGCAUGCGCGGUUCGCCUUCGUAGCUCUCGCUAUCUGCUGCCUGCACAGUCUUCUGGGACCCGUCCCCAUAAAUCCCCCGAAAUAGCGUUUUCUAAAGCUUUAGACCAGCUCACGUUGGCGUCGCAUUCGACCAAUAGCAUCUCCACGUCUGAAAGCUACCGUAACCAGAAGUAUUCCCCCGGGGCGUCGUCUGGUGAGCACCCAGAGCAUCCAAUCCUUCCAUCGGUAGCUAACGCCUCCCGGACGCGCUAGUCCGUGUUACCAAGUGUGGGGAAAAUACAGCCGCAUCCGAGGGGUCGUCAAGAUGUCGGGGUACCAGGGCAAGAAAAACAUCCCGAGAAUCACGAGCGAUCGUCUUCUCGUGAAAGGAGCCAAGAUUGUCAACGAUGACCAGUCUUUCAUGGCAGACAUUUAUAUGGAGGAUGGAGUCAUCAAGCAGCUCGGAGAAAACCUGAUUGUUCCCGGGGGGGUGAAGAUCAUCGAGGCCCACGGGAAGAUGGUCAUGCCUGGGGGCAUCGAUGUGCACACGCGCUUCCAGAUGCCGGACCGAGGCAUGGUCUCCGCUGACGACUUCUACCAGGGCACCCGCGCUGCCCUGGCUGGGGGAACCACCAUGAUCGUUGACCACGUGGUGCCGGAGCGAGGUGUGGGCCUCAUGGCCGCCUUCAACCAGUGGAGGGAAUGGGCCGACAGCAAGUCCUGCUGCGACUACUCGCUGCACGUCGACAUCACCGAGUGGCACAAGGGCAUCCAGGAGGAGAUGGAGAGCCUGGUGAAGGACCACGGUGUCAACUCUUUCCUGGUCUAUUUGGCCUAUAAGGAUGUUUUCCAACUUUCUGACUCUGAGAUGUAUGAGGUGUUCAGUGUGAUCAGAGACCUGGGGGCCAUCGCCCAGGUGCACGCGGAGAACGGCGACAUUAUUGCUGAGGAGCAGCGUCGCAUCCUGGAUCUGGGCAUCACUGGGCCUGAGGGCCACGCGCUGAGCCGCCCAGAAGAGGUGGAGGCGGAGGCAGUGAAUCGUGCGGUCACGGUGGCCAAUCAGACCAACUGCCCCCUCUACAUCACCAAGGUCAUGAGCAAGAGCUCCGCUGAUGUCAUCGCCAGCGCCCGGAAAAAAGGCGCCGUGGUGUACGGGGAGCCCAUCUCGGCCAGCCUGGGCACGGACGGCACCCACUACUGGAGCAAGAACUGGGCCACGGCAGCGGCCUACAUCACCUCCCCUCCGCUCAGCACCGACCCCACCACCCCCGACUAUCUCAACUCUCUGCUCGCCUGCGGGGACCUGCAGGUGACGGGCAGCGCCCACUGCACCUUCUCCACCUCCCAGCGCGCCGUGGGCAAGGACGACUUCACCCUGAUCCCGGAGGGCACCAACGGCACGGAGGAGAGGCUGUCUCUCAUCUGGGACAAGUGUGUGGUGUCCGGGAAGAUGGACGAGAACCAGUUUGUGUCGGUGACCAGCACCAACGCGGCCAAGAUCUUCAACAUGUACCCCCGCAAGGGGCGCAUCGCCGUGGGCUCGGACGCCGACCUGGUGCUCUGGGACCCCGACGUCUCCAAGAUCAUCUCGGCCAAGACCCACAACCUGUCCGUGGAGCACAACAUCUUCGAGGGCAUGGAGGUGCGCGGCGGCCCCCUGGUGGUGAUCAGCCAGGGCAAGGUGGUGCUGGAGGAGGGCGUCCUGCACACCACCGAGGGCUGCGGACGCUACGUCACCCGCAAGGCCUUCCCCGACCACGUGUACAAGAGGAUCAAGGCCCGCAGCAGGCUGACGGAGCUCCGCGGCGUCCCCCGGGGUCAGUACGACGGGCCGGUGUGUGACGUGGCCCCCUCCCCCAAGGUGAUGUCGGCCACGUCCACGGCCAAGACCUCGCCCACCAGGCAGCAGAAGCAGCAGCAGCAGCAGCAGCACCAGCAGCAGCAGCAGCAGCACCACCAGCAGAGCGCUGCGCAGCCCAUGAGGAACCUGCACCAGUCCGGCUUCAGCCUGUCUGGAGCCCAGGUGGACGACAACAUCCCCCGCCGCAGCACCCAGCGCAUCGUGGCGCCCCCCGGUGGCCGGGCCAACAUCACCAGCCUGGGCUAGGCCCCCGACCCCCCCCCCCCCCCUCCCCCGCGACGGCACUGCGGUGCCGACGCGACAGCGGGACUGGCGGCCAACUUAAAACCACUGUCACAUCGCACCUGGUCCGCGCAACAAACUGUUGCGCCCUAACGCACCCGCACCUGCAUCUACCCCUGCAUCUACCCCUGCAUCGACCUCACCCCACCACCUCCCAUCUACCCCCCUCCCCCAAGUAAUAAACCCAUCUCUCCAUCAUCAUGCACUGCACUCAGCCACUGGGUUUGGUUUUGAAUCCUCCGUUUUUGUUUUCUAAGGUGUUAAUUUUUCCAGAAGGCGUGUGUAAAGAGGGGGUUCUGUUUUAAUCUUUCUGUUCAGGUUCUUAACCGUUUUUUUUUCUUGACGAUAUUGUUUACAUUUAAAUAUUAUUUUGCGUGUACGUCAUGUAGUUGCCUUCUUGGUUCGAAAGUUAAAAAAAAUGAUGAAAUAUCGAGUCAGUGAAGGGAAACAUUUUGUGUCACCGUGGUUUGAACAAAAGAAUGUGUUUUUAAUAUUCUCUUGUCUUGUUCUAUUUAUAUGUUUAUUUAAGUACAACUUCCUCUUUCAAUCAAACGUAGGACCAACAAAAAUGUGCUGAAAUUGUGAACAAUCUGAAACUUUCGUUGACCUGUUAUUGAUCUUACAAUGGUGUCUAGACAGGCCAUGUUUUAUUGACUUUAUUCCCCCUGGUACCUAGUUGUGGUUUUCUUUAGUUAUAAUCGUGACGUUUGUUUUGUUGUUGAGCCAUGUUGAAACCAUAGUCGUGUUGUAGUGCAUGGGUUGCACUGAAAGAUGGUAUUCUAGCAUUACAUUUACAGUUAAACUCAACUUAACUCUUUAUUAUGAACCUGUGACCACAAAAAAAGGCACAUUAUUGAUUUUUAGCAGCAUUUUUUUUAGCAGCAUUUCAGGGCAUUCACUUUUCUUAUGUUAACUCGUUUUGUCUUUCUAUUCCAGCUCAGAGACCAUAAGCUUGAGCUCUGUGCGUUUCCAAACCCCACACACGUGUGUUCAUAGUGACAUCCCAACAAAACCAACACACAGCACCGAGCGCUCACCUAGUUUGCCAACCACGCUCUCUGCACCUGGUGCUAUACAACCAAUGCUGUGUCUGUUCAGAGGACAGAUAAGUUGAUCCUAACGAACCCGCAUCCACAUGAGCAGGUGCUACGUACCCAUCACUUUCCGGUCAUAAAACCUCCGUAGUUUUUGCAUCUGAUCCCCAAUGGUGAAUAUGUUUGUUGAGAGGUCGCAGGGGGCUUUGAUUUGUGUCGGAUACGACUAUUAUUAUUAUUGAUAUGUUUUAAGGAUAUUCGUUGAAACCUAAUUACUUGCCUGCCUAUUCUAUAAGAUAUGAUAGCACACUGCAAGACUAGACUCAUGCAUCUAUGAAGGUUCUGCGAUAGAAUUGGAGAAGAAAAACGUGCGCUUUUAAAAAGAGAUAAAAAAACAACAACCUGAUGAAAGGUGCUUCUGUUUGUAUAUGAAUCCAUUCCAGUGUGCUGCUGAUGUGUCCGUUGUUCUCGAUGAAAUCGUUGAUAGACUAGCGGCUCUUACGAGCCCUAUUAGUGUUGUGAAUGAAAUUCAGAUAUCCGAUAGUCCCUCGCUCCUUUGCUUGAACUACGUUGUUGACUCCCAGUCCUGUGUGCGGUAGUAUCAGUGACCACCAAAAGAACCCCCGGCUGUUGCUUCUGCCAGGCUCUGCUUCAACCCGUCUACCAAUACUUUAUUUAUCGCCACGUCAAGUGUUGGUUUCCAAAGCCACGGUAGUAAGACGCCAGCAGGGUUUUCUGUUUUUGUUAUGGUUUUUCAGUUUUUGAUGUUGAGCACCAUUGUCACACUCUUCCAAACUAGUGAUAUACUCUUGGUUAUGUAUGUUAUGUAGACAAAUCAGAAUUUGGGGGAGAUCCUAGCUCCCCAACGUUAUUAUUCGAUCCAGUCUGUGUUAACUUCAGUGGAUUAAAAAAUACAGUAAAUACCA